AAAUAACAGAGAAUGAACAUCCGUAUUUUUGAUAUUAAAAAAACCAUAUUAUCAUUAAAGCCAGUAUUUCAUUCUGUGAACCGUUUCUCUCGGCUGAAACAAACCAGAGAUGUGAAAGGCGUUGGAAAUAUCCUUGAAAGCAAAACAAACAAAAUUGCUUUUGAUUACUGACCAGAGGAGAGAGGAGGGGGAAGGAGUAUAGGUCUUUAUCUCCCUACCCCCUCUUCCCCCUUUCACCCUCUUUCCAGCGACACACACACGCACACACACAGACACAUGCACAUGCGACAGGAAAUGAGGAGGGUGGGGCAGAACCGCAAGAGUAUAUAAGGAGUGGGAAUAACCUGAUCAUCACAGUGCAACUCAAGUUCACCAUCUAACGACUACAACCACCACAAUGAGGACUCUGAUCGCUUUGGCAGUGAUGGGGCUGUGCGCCUCCUCUUCAGCUCUCCCCCAUCAGGCCUCCUACAUCCCCUUCCCCAGCUACUCCUACGGCGGCACCUACCAGCCCAAGUACGUGGGUCCUCUGGCUUCCUCCGUGCCAGCAGGCGUCGGCGGGAAAGUCAUCCCCGUCUCGGACACUUACGAGGUGGCUGCGGCUCGCCAGGCCUUCUUCGACGCCUACCAGAAGCAACUGGCGGCCGUCGGCGCCUAUGGGCGCUACGCUGCCGCCCCUGUCUACCACCACCAAGCCCCUGUGCACGCCGUGGUCCACGCCCCUGCAUACCUCCCAGCAGCUUCCUACGCCCACACCAUCCCUUCGACGGUCGUGGUGGCCAACGGCCACGUCCAGGACACUCCGGAGGUGGCGUCCGCCAAGGCGCAGUUCUUCCACCUCUACAACAAACAGGCCGCUGCAGCAGCCGCCGCUCCUGACGACUACGUCGUCAAAGGGAACGACUACUAUCACGAUCACCACUACUGAAGGAGGAGAGGGCGAAAGGGAAUGGUGUGGAAACGUAAUUAGCUUUUUAGUGGAAGAAUCUUAUGUCCUCAGACAUCAUGGUCUUCUACAUCAGAGUCUAUUGUCAGAUUGCACGUGUGGAAUUCUAUUUUCGUAAAUAACUCGAAAGCCUAAUAAAGAUUAUUUGCAAAAAUAAUAA